GCAUUCAUGAAGAGGAAACACGCAGCUGCAGAUUUCCAGUCAGCCUGAGUGAAGACAGUCCUAGUCCCAAGCGACAACGCCUUUCCCAUUCAGUCUUUGACUAUCCAACAGCAUCACCAGCCCCAUCACCACCAAUGCGACCAUGGGAGAUGACAUCAAAUAGGCAGCCUCCUUUGGCUCGACCCAGCCAACACCACUUCUCAGGGGAACGAUGCAACACACCCGCACGGAACAGGAGGAGUCCUCCUGUUCGACGUCAGAGAACAAGGAGAGAUCGCUUGUCUAGACAUAAUUCCAUUAGCCAGGAUGAAAACUAUCACCAUCUCUCCUAUGGACAGCAGCAAGCAAUAGAAGAGCCCCGAGCCUUUCACCCACCGAAUGUAUCUCCUCGUAUGUUGCACCCAGCUGCUCACCCACCACAGCAGAAUGCAGUGAUGGUUGACAUUCAUGAUCAGAUCCAUCAGGGCACAGUUCCUGUCUCAUACACGGUGACAACGGUGGCUCCGCAUGGGAUACCACUUUGCACAGGCCAGCACAUCCCAGCCUGCAGCACGCAGCAGGUCCCAGGGUGCUCAGUGGUUUUCAGUGGGCAACACCUUCCAGUUUGCAGUGUGCCUCCCCCAAUGCUUCAGGCGUGCUCAGUCCAGCACCUACCUGUACCAUAUGCAGCAUUUCCACCCCUCAUUUCUAGUGACCCAUUCCUUUUGCAUCCUCCUCAUAUCUCUCCACACCACCCUCCUCACUUGCCUCCUCCAGGACAAUUCGUUCCUUUCCAAGCACAGCAGUCACGGUCGCCACUUCAAAGGAUAGAAAAUGAAGUAGAACUACUUGGAGAACAUCUUCCUGUAGGAGGUUUUACAUACCCUCCCUCAGCGCAUCCACCAACACUGCCUCCCUCAACUCCUCUCCAAUUCUUAACCCAUGAUCCUUUACACCAGGAGGUGUCAUUUGGCGUACCUUACCCACCUUUUAUGCCUCGAAGACUCGCAGGGCGCAGCAGAUACCGAUCACAGCAGCCAAUACCACCACACCCUUACCAUCCCAGCCUAUUACCUUAUGUGCUAUCAAUGCUCCCAGUGCCACCUGCAGUUGGACCAGCUUUCAGCUUUGAGUUGGAUGUGGAAGAUGGAGAGGUAGAAAACUAUGAGGCAUUGCUGAAUUUGGCAGAACGUCUGGGAGAAGCCAAACCACGAGGGUUGACAAAGGCGGACAUUGAACAGCUUCCAUCCUACAGGUUCAAUCCAAACAACCACCAGUCAGAACAGACAUUGUGUGUGGUAUGCAUGUGUGAUUUUGAGUCAAGGCAGCUACUUAGAGUCUUACCCUGUAACCAUGAGUUCCAUGCCAAGUGUGUCGAUAAAUGGCUGAAGGCAAAUCGCACCUGCCCAAUUUGUAGAGCUGAUGCUUCGGAAGUGCAUCGUGAUUCAGAAUGACCAAUCUUAAGAGCACAAAUCUGGUUUGGGUGUUCCUGGUCACGUGUAUAUAUGAACUAUCUAUUGAACUUACCCAUGUGGCUUCCAGCCUGCCCUUUACACAAAAGGGUCAAUGGACCUUACUUUGCACUGUGUGACUUAAUCGAUUACAAAGCUUAUAUAACUAGUCUUCACAGUUACGGGAUUGUUAUACUAACAGUGUGAUUGGAACUCCAAAGAUUUUUUUUUUUUUUUUUAAGCUUAAUUUUGUGUGUGCACUAACAUUCCCUGGUUUUUGUGUGAUCAUUCCGAGUGUUGCUGCGAGAUUACUGUGGAUGUGAUCUUUUAGCAUGUGCUUUUAUAUAAAAGAAAAAAAAAGUGGUAGCUCCAAACAAUAUAGCAAUCUACCUUAUAUAGAGCCUUCAGAUACUGUGAGUGGGAAUGAAUGGUGUGAAUGUGUGUUUGCUUGUAAGAGGAUGUGUGAAGUGUGCUUGCGACUGAGUGUGCAUGUGUGUUUGCGAACCUGUAUACCAGCAUGUACUGAGAAUGUAUGUGCGUAGUAAUAAUUAUGCUGCAAUGUAUAAUCUUGUGUGUUAUUUAAACAGUACUAGUACUGUACACUGGUUCCUUUCCUUGUGUUUGCAGUUGCACACUGAAUGCGAUGGGUGCAGCAAUUACAGACAUUUAGUAUUUCCUCCCCAAUGUACUUAGAGGUAUAAAGACCUUUCCAUCUACUAUUGAAACAGCUGUUAUGGUUCCCCUUCAUUGGAGGCUUUAAAUGUGUACCACUAAAGAGUGCAUUGAUCAUACCUGAGUAAGCUUGGAGUUUUUAGCAUAUGUUACAAGGUCUGGAUUUUAAAAUGGCUGAUUUACAAGUGAUUUUAUUGAUGUAAAGUUGCAAUAUCGCACAAAUCAUUUAGCAAUAUUAACAUUUUCAGUUGCUGAUAUGAAGAUCAAUGCUUUUCUGUUCUCCUUUUAAAUUUUUCUGGCUGGGAUUGCCAGUUACUUACUUCCUCCCUGAAAGAAGCAGGAAGGACACUGAGUGUCUUGUGCAACAGCUCUUCACUUUUGGCCAUUUUGCUUGCUAAGGACGUAAUGUUUUAACUUAUAAACAUUGGCUUUAAUCACAUACAAAUUAUUUGUCAUGGGAGUUUAUAUACAAUUAAAAUAACUUGUCAAAGGUUACAAUUUCAAUCCUGCAACUUCAUGAAUAAAAUGAAAUUUUUAGCAUUUUCUCAGAGAAGGAGAACUUCUGAUUUUUUUUUAACAGUAUCACAAGAGGAGGUUUUGGUCACUAACCGCAGGGUUCACUUGCCCUGAUGCUGCUUCUUGCCCUUCAUUUUUUCAUGAUGGGUGUAAUAUGAAGAAGGAACUCCCUCGGUUUUUGCAAUCACGUUUUCAGAGCACUCCACUAUAGGAGAAAAUUGGAACACCUUCCAGCACAGACCUGUGAAAUGGGAGGUGAUAACCUCUAUUGAAGUGCUCUGAGUAGUGUUUUCUUUGGACUAUUGAAAAAAAAAAAAGCUUCAUUUAUUACAUUCAGACUGUUAACACGUUCAAUAUGUUCUGGCAAAAUAUUUAGGUCUACAUAUACCGCAGUUAUUCAAAGGAUGCACUUUUUGCAGCAAAAUUCCUCUCCUAAAUUCAAUGUCAUUACUUUGGUUGCAGCAGCACAAAUGGCACAAUUAGCAAUACUGCUGCAACUUGCUGCCAGCCUCAGCUUUAAGUUUAUCCUUUAUAAUUUCUGAUUUCUCUUGUAUGCUGCUGUGCUUUAGUAUCAGUUAUAAUUUCAAACAGUGUUAGAUGUUCUCCAUGCUGAUUUCCCUCUUUGAAGAUUCUACAGACCAGUUACAGCUCUUGGUGCAGAUAAAAUAAAAGCACAAUUUUGCCCUAUUUCAGAUGCUCUUCCCUCUGUUUAGUUAUGCAGGUAGUUCUCAAAAACAAUGAGUCUUUCCAUACCUAUCCAUACUUAAGAACACUAAAUAAGUAAAAAUGCUGUUACAUCAACUUCAAAUAUUAGAAUUUCUCCUCUCUUCCAGUGGAGUUAAAGAAUAGGCUUUUCUUUAACAAUAACACCUAGCAGGUUAAAUUACAUGUAAUAGAAUUUAUUUUUUUAACAAAUAAAAUCAUGUUGUUGAAAAAUCAUAUGCCACAUAUGUCUUAUAAAACUUAAACUCUUUUAUAUAGCUGCAAAAGAAAAAAAUUCUGUGUGUAUAGAUUUAAACAUAACUAACACUACUGUGCUCAGUAUUCAGUCUGAAGCAUGGGAAGAGGGCACUUUUUCUAAGCCAGAUACAAAUGAACAAGACACAUUCUUCUGAAGGCAAGGGAAAGUAGUCCUCUUUUUGGAAUCGGAGAAAUCUUGAUGUGUAAUGUCCCUUUUUCCCCAGUAAAACCUGGUGGGUGAGGCAGUGGGAGAUCUAGGAGAUGGAGGGUCUUAAGUUGGUAAAAUCCUGAAUUUAAUUGUUGCACUCCCAUGGCUCAUCUCUUCUGGAAUGGUUCUUUCUUUUGCAUGGGACUCUUGCAGAUGUAUGUGGACUUGCUUCCUGUGGUUAGUGUGUAUCAACAGCACACGUGCAUAUGUUCUGAAUCAGCUCGGACAAGCUACAGUCAAGUUUUCUCUGUUGUGGCUGUCAAGGGAGGGGGAUUCAUGUUCAGCUGUUAACUGCCAUGUGUUAUGCACAUUUGUGUGUAAUUCCACAGCCUGCCAUAGUGCCUGGCAGCACCUGAAUACAGCGAGACUUUUUUUAUGUCCAUUGCCUUUCUGCCAACACCUGGCUCCUUCUCCAAAAAAAAAUAUAAAACAAAAAAAACCCACCUGUAACAUGUUUGCUUUAUCAUAUUGGCACUGCUGUGUUUUUUGCAUAAACUGUCAAUUUAAUUUGGCAUUUUAGUGGAUAUCAAGGCCUACAGAUAAUUCCAAUGUCUCAUUUUGUGGCUUUCUUU